AAACCAAGAGCAAAACCAUAGAAAUUUCAUACAAGCUAGGCGUCAACUGCAUUGGUGGUACAUACUCACGUUUAUAAGAAACAGAAACAACGUCCAUGAAUUCAGCUGGGACGAAGAGGAUUGCAGUUGUAACGGGGGCCAACAAAGGGAUCGGAUUCGAGAUAUCUAAACAGCUAGCCUCAAAUGGGAUCAGGGUGAUAUUGACUGCAAGAGAUGCGAAGAGGGGCAAUGAAGCUGUUGAAAAACUCAAGGCUGCUGGAUACUCCGAUGUGUUCUUUCAUCAACUUGAUGUUACCGACCCAGCUAGCGUUUCUUCUCUGGCCAGUUUCAUCAGUACCCAGUUUGGCAAGCUUGACAUAUUGAUAAAUAAUGCAGGGGUUUUUGGAGCCAUAAUAGACCCGGAUCAUCGAAAGAACCUAAAACUAGGCCUUAAUGAAAUAGCAGGUGAAAAUGCCAUGUCCUUUAGGAAAGUUCUGAAGCAAACAUACGAACUUUCUACGAAUUGUCUACAAACAAAUUAUUAUGGAAUCAAGCUAGUUUGCAAAGCACUCAUUCCACUUCUUCAAUUGUCUAAUUCACCAAGAAUAGUAAAUGUCUCCUCCAUCUUGGGACAACUACAGUUUAUUUCAAAUGAGAAUGCAAGGAAGGAGUUAGGAGAUGUAGAAGAACUCACAGAAGAGAAAGUGGACAAGGUGGUGGAAGGAUAUCUAGAAGAUGUCAAGGAGAACCUGAUAGAAACCAAAGGCUGGCCUACAAAUUAUCAUGCUUAUAGUGUCUCCAAGGCAGCUCUCAAUGCUUAUACAAGGGUUCUGGCUAAGAACUAUCCCAACAUUGCCAUUAACUCUGUUCAUCCAGGUCACGUCAAGACGGAAAUGAGUCACGACAGCGGGGUAUUUACUGUUGAAGAAGGAGCUAAAGGCCCCGUAAUGCUGGCUUUGAUGCCUGAAGGUGGACCUUCUGGCCUCUUCUUUGAUAGGACUAAAGUGUCAACUUUUUAACUAAUAUCUGAUGCAAUUCUUCGAUUCAUGCAGUUUGGUAUGUCCUUUUUUUU